ACAGGUGUAGGUGUGGGUCACUGUUUUGAAUUGAAUCUGGAAGCGGACAGUCAGGCUUUUCCACUCUGAGCCACAGUUAGGCUGCUUUCACUCCCUCCUGGACUGAACUGGCUAUAGGAGAAUUUGAGGCUGAUAUACAGCAGAUUUCUAAGAGCCGCUAUGAGUAAAGUUUCUAAGUUAUUUAAAGGGACGUCAGGGUCCUCCGGCUCCAAAUCCAGCUCCAGCUCCGGGUCCAAAUCAAAGCACCGUUCCCGGUCAGGAGCAGGUCCGUCCCCGCAGGAGGCCAUCCACAGGCUGCGGGAGACCGAGGCCAUGCUCACCAAAAAACAGGAAUAUCUGGAGAAGAAAAUCGAGCAGGAAAUUAUGAUCGCUAAGAAGAACGGGACUAAGAACAAAAGAGCUGCACUUCAGGCCCUGAAGAGGAAGAAGCGCUUCGAGCAGCAGCUGACUCAGAUUGACGGGACUCUGUCCACCAUUGAGUUCCAGAGGGAGGCGCUAGAGAACGCCAACACGAACACAGAGGUUCUGAAGAACAUGAGCUAUGCUGCCAAAGCUAUCAAAGGAGUCCAUCAGAACAUAGAUCUGGACAACAUCGACUCUCUCAUGGCGGACAUUACAGAGCAGCAGGAAAUCGCCCGGGAGAUCUCCGAUGCUAUCUCGCAACCUUUCGGUGAAGAGUUUGACGAGGAUGAGUUGUUGGCAGAGCUGGCAGAGUUGGAGCAGGAAGACCUCGAGGAAAGCAUGAAGAAAAUGAGCACAUUGCCCAGCGUGCCGACUACCAAACUACCCAGCACACGACCCAGCCAGCGCACAACGACCAAGAAGAGAGCAGAGGAUGAAGAUGACAUGAAGAUGCUGGCAGCCUGGGCUACUUAAUCAUCAGCAAAUGAAUCAACACUCCAUUCAUUCCACCUAACAGCCCUGAGAAUGGCUAACAGUUUAAAGGCACACAUUUUAAAGCUAGAGUCCUCUCCAUCUCUCCUUUUUAAACUUUAUUUCCACACUUUUAAGUGUCAUAUUUUCUUGUGUAAGAUGGUUCGAAUCUGUUGAAUGAAGGAUUGUAAAGAUCGCUUUGUACAUAGCAACAUUUAAUGGAUGAAGGAUGACCUGCAAUAUUGUUAAUAAAUCAUGUAGAUGUGUAAAUAUUAGAAUGUGUGUGAAAAUAAAAUGAUUUUGAUUGUUCAAGUCAA